UGGAACAGAUAUUUUCAGUUUCUGUUUUGGUGAACUGACAGAAAGUGUCAGAUCAGAAACUCCAGAAUCAUCCUCCGCUGUCAUUUUUCAAGGAUUUCUGUCGAUGGAUAAUAAGGAAGCAACGCGUACCUGCGGCCAGUGCCACAAGGAGGUAGCAGAGGCCAACUUCGCUUUGCAUGAAACGCACUGCAGCCGCUUCUUAUGCAUCUGUCCUGACUGUGAUGAAGCAGUUCCCAGAGAUCAACUUGACCAACACAGAGAGGAGCAGCACACCCAGGUAAAAUGCUCCAAGUGCAACCAGAAGAUGGAACGUUGUCACCUAAUGGAUCAUGAGUCUGAUGAGUGUGUGGAGCGUCUGCAGAGUUGUCAGUACUGCGAGCUGGAGCUGCCAUGGAAGGAGCUGGCUGGCCACAGCGUGGUCUGUGGGAGUCGCACUGAGCUGUGCAGGGACUGCAACCGCUACGUCACCCUGAAGGACCAGGCUGAGCACAGAUUAACCUGCUCAGACGCUGACAGUGGCUCAGGUCCUCCUCAAACUGCCAGCAGUUCACCAGACAAGACGAAAAUAACAGUGAAUUGUAGCAGUUGUAUGGCCUCAUUCCCAGCUGAAGACAUAGAGGAACAUGAGCUGGAGUGUUUUACAUCAUCCAGGUGGGAUUAUGAAGAGGCUGAGCCAAAGGAGGAAGAGACAGAGGAUGAGGAUGAUUUCUCCAGGCAAGGGGCCGCUUCUCAGCUAAGCAGCACAUAUAAGGCAACCUCUCUGUCAUUCAGACCCAGCAAUGGGCCCAUGCAUGAUGGAAGUGACCCACACCAGAUCUCCACUUGCCCCCACUGUCAUCUGGCCCUGCCCCUCAUUACACUACGUUGGCAUAAGGCGAAGUGCCAAAUCUACAUUCACUUGAAAUGACAAAGAGCUCUUCAGAAUGGAUAAACUGCUUCACAGGUCUUUGAUCAAUGUGUCAUGAACAUGGGAUGGAAGACAAGUAUUUGGGAUGUUGAAAUGUAAUUUUAUUGGCCAACAUUAGAAAUUUAAUUUGAUGUGUAAAUAAAGGUUUACGUACA